UGAGCUUUGGCUGCGAUUUCCCUGCGUCAGUUCCUCAUACGUACCAGAUAUCCUGUUACAACCACCAGCUUUGACUGUAGUUAAUCUAGUUCAAGACAACCUACACCGAAUUUAACCUCCACUCUUCCAGCUGAGGGUUUUACUCAGUGUUCAAGAACUCGUGAAGGACUACACCCAACCGACUUCGCGCAGACGGUUGCCUCGACUCUCCAGCUCGUUAUCAAAGAGCACCAUCUCACUUCCCCCACGAACCAUCUAGACCGUAACGACAAACCAAACCGCCAGAAUGUCGUCCCACGCACUCUCGGACGACCAGGUCGCAUCCGAGCUGAAGAAGAUGACUGCCUUCAUUCGACAAGAAGCCCUUGAGAAAGCUCGAGAGAUUCAGCUCAAGGCAGAUGAAGAGUUCGCAAUCGAGAAAUCAAAACUGGUCCGGGAAGAAAUCGCAGCCAUCGACAAGGAGUACGAGAAGAAGUUCAAGCAGGCGUCAAUGUCGCAACAGAUCACCCGCUCGACAAUGUCCAACAAGACAAGAAUAAAGGUGUUGAGUGCACGGCAAGAACUACUGGACAAGCUGUUCGAACAAGCACGAUCCAAGUUGGCAGAGUCUGGCUCGAAGACCAAAAACUACGAGGAAGUUCUCAAAGGCUUGAUCCUGGAAGGUCUGUACCUCCUCGCCGAGAACAAGGUGCAACUUCGGUGUAGGAAGGCAGACAAGGACAAGGUCGAGAGUGCAGCAAAGAAGGCGGCAGCCGACUACAAGAAGAACAUGGGCAGCGAGUGUCAGCCAGUGAUAGACGAGAAGAAUUGGCUGCCAGAAGAAUCCACUGGUGGCGUUUUCAUUGUUGGCGGUAAUGGAAAGAUUGAACUGAACAACACCUUUGAAGAGCGAUUGCGCAUGUGUGAGAGCGAUGCUCUGCCUAGCAUCCGAGCCACGUUGUUUGGCGAGAACCAGAACAGAAAGUUCCACGAUUAGGCGGAUAAAUCUGAUAGGUUUGGUUUGUAGUCGGUGCGAUGCGCGGUGGGUUCUAUCAUGGAUGGUUUGGCUGUUUGAGGCGCGGUCUGGCAAGGGUUCGAUAGAUACGGAUUCUCAACCAGAAACAGCUUUUAGAGAGCCCGGCCUCACGCUGGAUGUGUUACAAUAUAUUGUCAUGC